CAUCGAGGGGUUUGGAGUAGAUUCUGGAGUUCCUGAUCAGCCCUUUGGAGAUGUAAGCUAUGAAACCAAUCAUUGAGCGACCCCGUAGACGCUUUUCAUAUCCUGAUCGUGAUAUCGAUCUUGUCUCGCUCACUCUCCCUCUUUUGUUUUCAGGAAGAGACUCUUCGGGGCGCAAAAACUCGAGCAAUGAGUGCCUAUAAAGCUUACCGAGACGCAUAUGAUUGYUUUCCUCACUUGAGUUUCGGGUUGGAAGGUGGGUUAGAAUGGUCGUCGCUCGCUCUUGACCACGAUGGCAAUGAAACUUUGUGGUGCAUGGCGUGGAUGGCGGUGUACGGCAAACGGGAGUCGCUGCUACUGAAAACAAUUGCUUCCCGUGAAGCAUCAGUUUCGCAGAAAGAUAGCAAUCCAAUUUUUAGUCUGKCAAAAACRGGGUCGUUUAUGCUCCCUUCUGCUAUGAACGAUUUGAUUAAGAAAGGAAUGGAGUUGGGAGACGCCGAUGACAAAAUUUCUGGUCGAAAAAUGUCGAAGAAAGGCUCCGGAACGGUGGGAUAUUUGACGGACAAUUUGAUGGGCCGAUCGGAAUACUACGAACACGCAUUAAUUCUUGCGCUCGUACCUUGGAUUAUGCCRGAUGCUUAUAGCGCURAUGGAUCUCCAGAUUUGGCCGAUGGAGUAGGUAUUGAUGAGGAAGUGGAAASAUAACAAAAGUACAAUACUUCUUCAUCGGGGUGAGAGCAAGGGAAUUUGAUGAUAAUCGUUGGGYGGAGCUUUAAAUGACA